AUGUCGAGUAGACAACUACGAAAGCUGCAGAAGCAGGGCGAGUUAGAGAAGCUCCACACAGAAUCGGAGGAGUAUAAAUCGGAGAACGAAAGCGAUGUGGACGACGCUCCGGCGCCCCUUGCAGCUAAACCGCGAGCGAGCCUGUUUGCUGCUCUUGGUGGGGAGGAGGAAGAGGAGGAGGAGGAGGAAAUGCAGGACCAGACAGUGGAGACUGGGAGGGUGGGAGAAGGAGACGAAGCAGAAUCAUCAGCAGCGCCACCAAGCAAGAAGAAGAGCAAGAAGAAUAAGAAGAAGAAGAAGAAGGCCAAGACCGCGGCGCAGGAUGAGGUCAAGAGUGGUGCAGCUAAGGACGUUGAAGAGGAUGAAAUUGACAAGGCACUCAAGGAGCUCAAGCUGAGCACGCGACAAGGGGGAGACGGGGUUGCCACAGGAGGCGCCACAGCAAGCGCAACGCUGCGGAUCAAUCAGCUCCUCGGGAUCAACACGUACCGUCUCAAGGCCAUGAACGAGAUGAGGCACCUGUUCGGCCGGGACGUGAUUGAGUCCGCACAUGCGGAGGAAGAGCAGCAGCAGAUUGAGAACAACCGGCGACGGCGCGGACCGACACAACAGCAGGUGGACCUUGAGACUUUCCUGCGUGGCCCUCCCGGAGCUAAGAGGCUACCGGAGGUGUCACUCAGGCGUAACGUCUUCAUCCAGGGGCGAGAGCAUUGGCCGCGUCAGACGGCUGGAGGGUUGGGAAUGAAGCAGGUUGGCAAGAGCGAGGAUGGAUCGUCUACCGAGUACGCAUAUGUUCACGACAAGGAGUAUGAUGCUGUGCAGACCUUCUUCUUCUCCUGUGUGCAGAUGGGUGACCCGAUGAGGAUUGUCUACCUGCUGCAGCAAGUCCCUUACCACGUGUCGACACUUCUACAGGUCAGCAGUGUGGCUAAGCAGGACCAGAACAUGGCCCUGUCAGCUGAGCUGUGCGAGAGGGCACUCUUCACGUUUGGUCGUGUGGCGACAUCGGCUUUUCGUCAGGACCUCGAGAACGGCCGCGCGCGCCUCGACUUCCGACGGCCGGAGAACCGGCAGCUUUGGCUAGCAGGGUACCACUACCUCCGGAGUCUGAUACGCAAGGGCACGUACCGGACGGCUCUGGAGUGGGCCAAGCUGCUGUUCGCGCUGGACCACGCGGACCCCUACGCCACGAGGCAUUUCAUACACUUCCUAGCCAUACGGGCGUACGAGGCAGAGUGGCUCGUCAGCUUUCUGGAUGAGCUGGAGAAGACGAGCGACAACCGCGACACCAUCUACCUGCGGCAGACGGGUGUGCUGGCCAAGCUCCAGCUUAAAGAUAUCGAGGGCGCGCGUGCCGAGCUGGAGCAGGGCAUACGGCGCCUCCCGUGGCUCUACUGCGCACUCUACCAGGAGCUCGGGAUAGAUGCACCCCCAUCCAUCUGGGGUAUAAACGCCGAAUCCGACCGGCGCUCUUUCUGGGUAAAGCUGUACAUCUACCAGACCAAGGACCUCUGGAACAACACUGCGGCGACGUCGCUCCUCCAGGAGGUGGCCAAGUCACUGGACCGCGUCGACAUCUCCUCGCUUCCCGUCGACGACUCCCCGCCUGACUUGGGCGUCACCCGCCUGGCGUACCUGGAGGGCCAGACGUCCAUCAUCGCCUUGGCUCCGCGCGAUCUCCUAGACAGCCAGCCCAACUACGAGUUUGACCCUCUCCCGCCACGCGAGGAGGACAACAUUUUCACGGGAGAAGGGUGCCGUAUGCCGUGGAAGGACAUGAAUGCCGGAUCCAGGGCAAUGGAGCACCAGAUUGAGGCGCAGCUGCGGAACCUCAUGGAGCGCAGGCAGGCUCGGGCUCAGGCCGUUGGAGCUGGAGCUGGAGCGGCAGGUGGCAUGGGGAUAGCUGGUAUUCCCGGAGACGACGAUUUUGAGAACCCGGAACUGGAUGCUCUUGACCUGAACGACCCGGAGCUCCAGAGGGAUCUAGAAGAGCACGCUGCACGGGCAAAUGCCCCUGGUUUAGUGCAGACGCUCAUGCGCAUGUUUAGGGGGGAGCCUGCGCCCGACGAUGAUGAGGGCGUGGAUAACGAGCAGGAGGUGUUUGAGGGGUAUUAUAGUGAUGAUGAUGAUGUUCCUGGCGCAUGGCCCGAGGAUGAGAGGUAG